UGGGAACGACCGCUAUAAGUUUCCGUAUGCGAUGUGACGCGCGAAGCGCAGCGAGUGGGGGUGCGAUUGCGAUUUUCGGAUCUCGAUCCGGUGGGAGAAAAAAGCACUCGACGGGCGGAGCCUCACACGGAUGAAUAUAAAGGUGCUUGACGACACGGAGAGAGUCGGUCAAACAUGGAUAUCGACUCGAAGAUCAAGGCCUACCGCUUCGUCGGUUACGCGGCCGUCACCUUUUCCGCGGUCGCGGUACUGUCCGUGUGCAUCACCCUUCCCAUGGUCUACAACUAUGUACACCAUGUCCGCUCGCAGAUGCACUCCGAGCUCACCAUGUGCAAGGGCUCCGCCAAGGACGUCUGGUCCAGCGUGUACUCAAUCAAAGAGCUGCCCGGUGCUGCCAACAGAACCGCCAGAAGCGCAAGCAAUGAUCAGUGCAGCGGAUGCUGCUUACCCGGACCCAUGGGACCCGUCGGAUCACCCGGAAAACCGGGAAAACCCGGAAAGCCAGGAGCACCUGGAAUGCCAGGAAACCCGGGACGCCCACCUCAGGCUCCAUGCGAGCCAGUCACACCACCUCCAUGCAAGGAAUGCCCACAAGGACCUCCCGGACCUCCUGGACCCCCUGGACCACCAGGAGACAACGGAACUCCAGGAGAGCAAGGACCUAAAGGACAAGACGCACCACCGGGAGAACCGGGACCAAAGGGUCCACCUGGACCACCUGGACCUCCCGGCAACCCUGGAGCUCCUGGAGAAGCUGGAGAACCCGCGAAAUCGGAACCUAUUGUUCCUGGUCCACCUGGAGCACCAGGAAGUCCUGGACCACAAGGACCACCUGGACCACCCGGAAGCAAUGGUAUCGAUGGAGCUCCAGGAGAGCCUGGACCAAAGGGACCAGAUGGAGAGCCAGGAGCACCUGGACAAGAUGGAGAACCCGGUCAACCUGGACAUCCCGGUCAAGAUGGACAACCCGGAGAGAAGGGAAUCUGCCCGAAGUAUUGCGCUAUCGAUGGCGGAGUCUUCUUCGAGGACGGAACGCGUCGUUAGGUUGUGCAAGAUCUUAUUUAUUAAAGCUCACACAGCAAAUCGUAUUAAAUCAUUCAAGAAU